AUGACAUCGGUUUCAAAUAAAACAAGAUUAUGGCAGUCGGUGUUUCAUUUAUUCUACACAUUGGUCCUUGUAAAUCCCAUGGUGACGGGAUCCGAUGAGAAAUCCUGGACUUAUGAAAUAAAAUCGUUGGAUUAUUCGACGGCGGACGAGGACAUUCUAAACACCAAUUUGAGUGUGGAACGUGUAUCUCGUGGUGUCUAUGCCUUAUCUGGCUCCAUUGUAUUGAAUAUCGACAUUGAUGAGAAUACACAAUGUUAUGUGGAGGCCAGUACCUAUCGCAGCGACAAUGGCGUCAACGAAUACAAAGUAUUAGCCUUCAAAAUGUCUCGCCAAAAUAUAAUUUCGGCAAUCAAUGGUUUUUACAAGGAAAUGUUUAUGGACACAUUGAGCGAAUGUUCCGAUCUACCUGUAUUUGAAGAUAAGUUUGAGCCACCGAUCGAAAAAAGAGAAUAUACCCUUACAAAGUGCCAAUUUAGUCAAGAUGGAUUCCCCAAUCAUUUGGAAGAAGGUUUUUAUAAAAUUCUAAUAUCUGGUUCUGGUUGUCUGGAUUGGCAUUUCGCCGUUAUUGUUGAAGUGGAAGCUACAAAUUAA